UGAAAAAGGAGGACGCAUUUUUUUUUUUUUGAAGGAUCACUUAAGACUCUUAUGUCAUAUAGUAAGUGUUGCAUUUUGAAUUUGAUGUUUUGCCCCCAGGUUAUUUCAGGCAUUCGCUUCUGCUGCGGAAGACGCUGCGGUAAGCGUAAGUACGCAAAAUGUAGUACGUGAUAUUGAGCAUUGAAGUUGUCGCACAGUUUCUCUACCGAACUCCGCGUUGGUGGUGACUGCGAUUCGUCUGGCAUGGCCUCCCGUCUAGAAGAACAGGCGGCCGGAAAAAAUUCUGGUAGAACUACUACAGGCGCAGUGUAUCACCCUUGUGUGCGCUUCUUCGUGGUCAAUUAGUCGUAUGUAAUAUCACAUACUCGCAUGUGUGCUACUACGUUUUUUUAGGUUUUAGCAGAAGAGAGUUUAUUAUAGAGAAAGUCUGAAGUGAGUAAUUGUAAUUCACGCAAGAAGAAGAACCAAAAGAAAAUCAUGGACGUUAAAAGCGCGUCCUUAUUCCACCCAGCGGCAAAAUUCUCCUCGGAUCGAUUGGUCCUCCGACCCCAUCAGCAACACCUUAAAAUGAGUAAAGAUUACGACUCCUAGCGACUGUGAUUCUACGACAGAGAACGCAUUGACUCUUACGGUCGCUCCUCCUUUCGUGGUUGAAGUCAUAAAUUGCCUUGUCGCGAAAGCUGCGAGUUGGACCAGGGUUGGCUUCCUAUGAGCCGAGGGAAAAUUUGCGAUUUGAGUGAACCGGUCUUAGCAUCAUUCACUCUCGUAGUUGUAGCUGGUGACCGGCAAAAUGAUAUGUACUCCAUGCACUUGCUGGCUCUACUUCUGCUCUCGGUGCUCGAUGGAGGCAUUGGAACAACUACUCUUGCUUCUACUUCGGCGAAGAACUACUACACACACACGCACAGCAAUCAUUGUCACGUUUAUUGAGUGCCCAUUCAGAAAGACGCAGGAGCUCGUCACAUGGGUGCACGCACCAUUUUGGACGGUACCAUUCGAACAGUGUGUUCUCUUGCAAUUGAAUGGGCAUGAAGUUUCUCCACUGUGGUGUAUGUCUGAGGCUGCUGGCAGACACAAGCCAAGAUAAACGAAUCUGAAUCAAAAACGGGCUGGAGAAAAUGUACUACGCGGUGAGUACUGAAAAAUACACAAAGCCGCAAAAUGAUUUAAUAAAGACACACCGGCUCUCAGUGAGCAAAUGCUCUUUCCUUGGAAACUGUAACUGAAUGUACCUGAGCAAAUGUUGCCUAUGCCUUGGUCCUAUUGGAAAUGAAGAUGAGCAGGAGCAUUCUUCUGAUUAUCUCGGUGAUCGAAGAUAUCGGUUAGAUUUAUAGGCUGAGGCUCUAUCUCUAAUUUGUACGCAUAAUUUUCGGUCUCAGCAAUCUGAGGACGAAGCACGAGUCGGUCGUAUGAACGCGAUUGCAUGCUGCUGUCGUCGACUAAAGUUCAGACUCAGAGCUGGCUGCAAGAGCUUGCGGAAAUUUGGCUGGAUCCAUCGAAGAUCCAAAAUUUUAGAAGACCGCUGCGAACUAGUAAUAAAUCAAAGCGCUCUACUGUUGAUAUUUCCACCUCGGUUGUCUCGCCGCGGCUACGCAAAUCGAAUAAAGAUCACCGAGGCUGUCGGUUUUCAUCCGAUCCGGGUCGAUAUUUUUUUUGAAAUUCGGCUCUCGUUAAUCUGGUCAAGCUCAACACUAACAAAAGCAAAUGCUACUUAG